UUCUUCACAUGUCUGCAGAGAGCUGCUGAAACAAUUGAUCAGUAUGUUACUGAGUUAAGAAAGCAUAGUAGAACAUAAGAGUUUGGAUUGCUCUCGGACUCUCUCAUUAAGGAUAGAAUUAUUUGUGGCAUUCAAGAUAAUGCUCUGAGAGAAAGGCUGUUGAGAGAGUAAGAUUUAAGUUUUGAAAAAGCUUUGGCACUUUGCAAAGCUUCUGAAACUGUGACAUUGCAGGCUGAAGAGAUUUUUGUUGAAAUCUGCAAAGUAAAUGCUGUAAAACAGCACAAACACAUCAAGACAUAUAAUAAUACAUCAACAAAACCGAGAGAAGCAAGAUGGCAUUGGAAAGAAAAAAGUCAUGUGAUCGCUGUACGCGGGAACAUUGUCUAAAUCAGCGUCCCACAUAUGGUAAAAUUUGUAAUGGCUACGGUGAGAUUAAUCAUUUUUCACGCUGUUGUAAAGGUGGAAAGAAGGAAAAUAAAAUGAAACAAGUAAAUGCUGUGCUUGAAGAUGAAUGUGAGGAAUUUUAUAUCGAUGUGCUUUGUGAAAAUAAACAAAGUAAGAAUGACUGGGCUAAUCUGUUGCAAGUGAAUCAAAGCAAUAUUCUGUUAAAACUUGAUACUGGAGUGCAAGUAAAUGUUCUUGCAGAAUCUGAGUUUAAUACUUUAAAGCCAAGACUGAAGUUACAUCAGACGAAUAUAAAAGUGAUUGUGUAUUCAGGUGCAGACAUUCCAGUUAAAGGAACAUGCGUGGCAAAGGUAUCACACAAAAAUAUUGUGCACACCCUUUCAUUUGUGUUCAUACCAAAAAAUGUACAGUCAAUUCUGGGUUUAUCUGCCUGUGAAAGACUUAAUUUGGUGAAAAGAGUUUUAGUCUUGGAUAGUGACACAGAGCUGAAGCAACAGAACGUUGCAUUACAGUCAGCAGAAGGUGAUGUUACUCAACUGCAGGUCCAGUUCACAGAGGCAAAUACUGACAUGGAGAAUAUAAAAGUGGUAGCUGCAGUGUCUGAGAUGACCAAACAGGAGGCAAUUGAUGAUAUGAAAAAGCAAUGGCAGGAGGAGGUUGCUUCAAUGCAAGCGAUAAUGAAAGAGACACUGAGAGAAUACAAGAUUCAGUUUCAUCACCAUCUAGAGCAAGAACGCUCACAGUGGGCACUGUAUAAGAAAGAAGUGAAAGCACAAGUGAAGGAAUUGAGAAGUUUUAUUGCAGUGAUGAAGUCUCAGCAUAAAAAAAGAGAUUACACAGUUAAUGAAUGAAUUAUGUGAAGUAAAAAAAGAUUUGUUUUUCAUUAUAAGUGGAAGUGGAACAUGAAUUGACUGAUCUAAGGAGACUUUUUUCUCAAGGACAAGGAGACAAAUUAAGAAUACAAGAUGCAGACCAGACUGUACAUGUUCUAACAGAGGAGGGAACAGUGUUAAGAAGAAAUCACAAAGACUUUAAGAAAGAGCCAACUUCAGAUUUUCAGUUAUCUUAUACAGAUGUGUUUUGAUUAACGUUAAUUGUUUUUCUUUUUAAGGAA